AUGGCCUCAACCUCGAUAUCGGUCUUCGACACCAAUGUCGUGAUCCCUUCAUUAGCUACAAGGGUCAGAAGCAACUUAACCAUGCCAACUCAAACAUUACUCGCCGGAAACUCGAGAAAUAACACCACCGCCAAAGCCCAAGACUAUCCGAUCUUCAAAGCCGACAAGGAUGGCAUCACUUCCUUGGCAAUUCUUGCAGCCAUCUUGGCCUUCUUCGUUGGAAUUAUACUCCGAGAUCUUCUUAACAAGAGGCGCACUGGCGAAUUCAAGGAAGACAAGAAGAGUUGUGGAAAGUUUUUCCGAACACUUUUCUGUCUCCCAUGUCUGAUCUGUAGCAAGGAUAACGUGAGGCGGCUGUGGAUCAAGUUCACGAACCUCUUCCGCUCCAAGGACAACCAGCGCGUGGUGAAGAAGUCGGAUCAGAACGGAAUCGAACUGGAAGAGAGACCCGAGAGUGGGAAAUCCGUCGGGGGAUUUAAUGGUGCCUGGUCGCCCAAGAAGCCCUUUGUCUCAGAGAAAACUCAGAAGAGUUCCAAAGGCAAGGCCAUCGAUAUUACCGUUCUCCCUAAAGUCACCGAGUUCAGCGUGGACCAUAACAAAGACGACGAAGGCUUCACGUCUACUCCUGUACACGGAGCCGGCACACGGGCUGCCCGACAUGGUUCUACGGAACAUGAUAACACUUUGGGUGUCUAUAACCACGGAGAUUUGUCCACCGAGAAGGCAGGUUCGAGUUCAGCUUCAGCCGGCCGUAGCCAUUGGUGGUCGUCCGGUCAUGGUCAUGGCCAUGGCAAUAGCUACAGUCCCAGUCAUAGCAACUCCCAUAGUCAUGAUUACGGUCACACUGACUCGGGUGGUUUUGAUGGAUGUGAUGGCGGCGGCGACUAAUACUGGGUUCAUAUGGGAUGUUUUUGGAUAGUCUGUGUCGGUUGAGAAUCACCUUUUUGCUAACUUACUGUGGGCGGAUUAGACUCGCUGGAAGAACAUGCUGGGGGUUGAUUGAUGGUUCAGCUGGAAGAAUCUUGGUGGUCGAUACGGAGUUUUCGAUGAUUAGAGCAGUCUUGGAUCGGUACACUACUGAGCACGUAAUACACUGUAGA